UGUGAGGGGGCCGCCUUCCCGGCUGGUCGCUCCCAAAGCCUCGCUGCCUGCUGGUGGGAACCGUGAGAUUCCGCCCCCGACUGGGCGCCUGCCGAGUGCCUCACCAGCCAGACGAGCACCCUGUGAAGACUGCCAGCAAUAAUGAAGGUGCUUCUGCUGAAAGACCCUAAGGAGGACAGCUGGGGCCAGGACCCCUACAUCAGGGAAUUAGGAUUAUAUGGACUCGAAGCCACUUUGAUCCCUGUUUUAUCAUUUGAGUUUUUGUCUCUUCCCAGUUUUUUGGAGAAGCUGUCUCACCCUGAAGGUUACGGGGGCCUCAUUUUUACCAGCCCCAGAGCAGUGGAGGCAGUGGAGCUGUGUUUGGAGAAAGACAAUAGAGCCGCAGUCUGGAGAAAGUCUCUGAAAGAAAAAUGGAAUGCUAAGUCAGUGUAUGUGGUGGGAAAUGCUACUGCUUCCCUAGUGAAUAAAAUUGGCCUGCAUACAGAAGGAGAAAACUGUGGAAAUGCAGAAAAGCUUGCAGAGUACAUUUGUUCUAGGGAGUCGCCAGCACUGCCUCUUCAGUUUCCCUGUGGAACCCUCAAAAGAGAAAUCCUGCCGAAAAUGCUCAAGGACAAAGGGAUUCCCAUGGAGAGCUUAACCGUCUACCAGACGAUCCCACACCCAGGAAUCCAGGGGAACCUCAACAGCUACUAUUCCCAGCAGGGCAUUCCAGCCAGCAUCACGUUUCUCAGUCCCUCUGGCCUGACACACAGUCUCAAGCAUAUUCAAGAGUUAUCUGGUGACAACAUUGACCAGAUUAAGUUCGUGGCCAUUGGGCCCACCACAGCCCACGCCCUGGCCGAGCAGGGCCUGCCCGUGAGCUGCACCGCAGAGAGCCCCACACCGCAAGCCCUGGCCGCGGGCAUCAGGACGGCGCUCCAGCCCCACGGAUGCUGAGUCAGAGGCCCCGGCGCCCUCCCUGGGCGGAGCCGCCCCUGUGGGCCCAGGGUCAGGUGCUACCGCGUCCCGGUGGAGCCGGGCAUCGGGCAGGGGCUCCCGGGAAACCGCCCCCUCACGCUCCUGCCUCGUGCCCGGGGGAACCCCCGCCAACACCGAGGCUGGGCCGGGACCCGGGGCCGCGUCAGGCCCACGUGCGCCUGACGUCCCUUCGUGGAGUCCAACUCGGACCCCCGCCCGGCGCACGCGGCUCCUUUGGCAGCAGAAGGAAAUCAAAUAAAGUGCAC